AUGCAUGGAAUAGAAUGGGUCGAUUCGACCGUCAUUGAAGACAUUGAUAUAACGUUCAAGCAGACGUUUGUGCUCGAUAAGAAGGACUCGAAUCUUGUGCUCAAAAGAUUAAGGCCAAUUUCUGAAACAAAUGGAGACUCAGAGGCUCUCAAAUUUCUCUGGACAACAGACGUAUCUGACUUUGAAGCGAUACAGAACUUCUCACAUCGUGCCGAUCCGUGCCAAAUAUAUUGCAUUCGACAGAAACACUCCUAUGCGAGGCUAUAUAUCACGAAAGAGCUCUUCGAUCAACUACUGAUUGCCUAUUCUGUGUUCAGUAGGAUAUGGGAUUUUGUUCUUCCUUUUAGCUUCAAAACGCGCGAGUCCGAUCUUGUGAAUGCGCCAUUCAGAUUUCGACAGCUUGAACAUCUCAAAUCACCUGAGCUUGGCUCAUUUGAGUGCGCAUAUGGAUUCCGAUACGUUGAGCUGAACCAUAGGACACUGGCAAGACGUGAGAAUCCCGAUUAUGAUCCUUGGUCUGUACGACAAAGUGCUGUGUAUCAGCGGUAUGAUAGCAAGUACAACAGGAUCAUGUUUAUCCUCAUAACACCUUCCGAAACUGCGAGAAAAAAUUUGGAGGAAGCAGUCAAAAACGCAAUCGCCAGACCUGGGCGUCUGAAUGCUUUCGAUCUCCAUCGAAUCUUGCUUUCAACGCUUCAUGAGAACUGGCGCCUUUAUGUCCGAAGUCUGGAGAACUUGAUGACGCAGCAGUCAGAACGCGUCGUUCUCGCAGAGGUCAAAGACGAGAACACAAAAUUGUCCCCCUUGACAGAUCUUAAGGUCAAUUUUGUGGACCGUCAAAGGCUGAAGAUGAUCGAGGACAAAGUGUUGGACUUGGUUAUCAUCUUCGAAUCCUUGUACAACACUCUCGCCAAGUUGCGUAAACAAUGUGAAACACAUUGUCUAGGGGCUGCCUGUUAUGAAUGUAACUGUGCCAGUAUUAUUGAUGAAUUAGAGGAGCAAAUGCACGAGGCCGAAGUCAACCUCAAGAAAGCAGAUAUCUUGCACAAAAGGGCGCAGGGUACUGCACAAUUGCUGUCUGACCUGCUUGACUACGAGAACGCACAAAUUGCGCAAGUCAACGAAAAGGCUCUCAACGGACUUGUGAAGGAAACAAAAGACGAAAACAGCAAGAUGCGUGUGCUGACGGAACGAUCAACUGCGGAUGCAGCCGCGGUCAAAAUCUUGACAGUAAUUACAUUAAUUUAUCUCCCAGUAACAGUAGUUGCAAAUUUCUUCUCGAGUCAAUUGAUCAGAGUUGACGAAGGUGGAGCAAUAUCAGUAGUCUCUGGAUCUUGGUGGUUUGCAGUUAUUUCAGUGCCAUUGACCAUAAUAACUUUCAUUGUGUGGAGAUGGUGGGUGUCGCACGCAAUCAAAGCGCAAGAGCGUCGACAAGAAGAGUCCAUCUUAGACGUCGACGAGGUGAGAUCAUUGCGUAGCAAAUGCAGCUGGGCGAGUGUUCUUCGAAGCCGACCUCGAAGACGACCGCAUGAUGACAUUACGGGAGCCUAA